AUGGAGCCAACGACUAGAAUCCCGCCAGCGGCGCCGCCGCCCGCGGCCGACGCGCCUCGCCCGUCUGCUGCUGUGCGUCCUCAUCCUUGCCCCUCUGGUUCAGGCUCCGCUUCCUCCUGUUUCGCGCUUCCUCCCUUUGCGGCUUCGCUCGUCCGCGCCUGUCCAAAUCUGGAAGAGGCGGACGGCUCGCGUUCGUGGGAUCUCGAGGAGGUCGUCGACGAUAUUUUUCAGCUCCGCGAACCGCCGCGCACUUUGCUGCAUGCGCUGGCGGCCCCGCCACGGCUCUGCAGCAAGCUGCUUCAGUUGCUGCAGAAGCACCAUCCACUGGACUACGCAGAAGAGUUCGCGGGCCAGAAAGCUGCGCAGGGGUCGCCAGAUGCUGCGGACGUCCAGAGACACUCUGAGGCCGCUGCGCGGCUGGUAUCCAGUUCUGUGCCCGUGACGAAGGAGACCAAUGACGCUCGGACUAUUGUGCACGGGGGAAGUGUAGACGGCGAGGCACGAGAGCCGCAGGACGGAGGCGCAGAAUGCGCAGACAGCGAAACGACAGAGGACGUCAGUACCUUUGUGCCGUGGUGGAAGCGCGAGGGGCGACGCGUGGCGCUGCAUUUCUUGAAGAGAUGCCGAAAAACAACCAAGGGCGGCCCUGUGCUGCUUCUCCUCGGAACGACUCCGGAGCGCGUCGACUCGGAGAUUUUGGAGCUCCUGCGUACUUGCCCCGCCCCAGCGCCUCCGCCGCUCCCUGCGCUUCGCCUCACGGCGUGUCAGUGCCUCCCGUCGUCAGCCUCGCUGGAAGACGACGAAGCCCAGGAGUCGCCGCCGUCCUCUUGUCCCUCCACGGCCUGCCCUGGUCAGUCCGUGCCGUCGUCCGACGGCGAGGCGGCUGGCGGGUCGGCCCCUGUCUCCUCGUUCUUCGUCCACGUCUCCGUCCCCUCCGUCCCGCCCGUGACCCCCGAGCAGCAGCGCGUUUGGGGCGAGAUCUGGCCCUGCUACCUGAACAAAACGAAGCCCAAUGGGCCUCGACGCGACGCCGGCGCAGAGGAGACGGCCGACCAGCCCGCGCGGGACGGCGAAGCGGCGAGCGAGCAACGAGACAAAAAAGACGCCCUCGGCGCCAGCGCCAGUGUGCGGCAGGAGCUGCUGCUGCCUCUGGAGCUCUCCACAGGGGAAAAGGCCACCCACCAGUUCUUCCUCAAUGCAGCCAUGGAAAUUAGCCGGCGCGAAGGUCGCAGCGCAUGCAUCAUCACAUAUGCUCCUUCUGACCCUGAGGAGACUCCGCGAAAAACACUAUAUCCGCCGCCGCCGCGGAAGCGACUUCGCGCGCGGUCGGAGGGCGAUAACACUGCGGGCGAGCGAACAAAAACCAAGGGAGAAUUUGGUGACGAGGUUAAAACGGCAAAAAGUUACGCAAAAAGAGAGGCAAGUGCUGAGGACGUCUCUGCCUUGCGUGCGCAGUGCCGUGAGCCAGCUGCGAAGACUCUUGCAUGCUCUCCCCAAGCAGCCGAUAUAGCUUCAGAUUCAAUACGGAAAAGAGUCUUCAAUGGCUGCGAGGCUACGUUUUGCAGCCUCGCCCACAGGACGCCGGCCGCAGUCCGUGAUUCUGGUGACCUCGAGCGUGAUGUCGCAGAUGCGUUUCGAGUGUUUAUUGAGAGCCGAGCUAGCUUGUUUGAGACCAGUAGGGGUGACGAGUUCGGUCGACUACAGACUGAACUUGGAAAUGCUACGCUGCCCAAAGUCGUCGCUGCUUGCGUCGACCACACCCGCGCACGCGCUCCUCUGGAUCAUGCAGCGAUGCGGGCAAUCGGCGUCGUGGGAGAAAAGCUCCUGCGGAAAUUCGCCUCGCGAGAGGGGGCCUGCGGGGCUGGUGGAUCGUCCGAGGCGAAGCCAGGGGACGGCAGUCGAAGCACGCAAAUAAAAUUGCUGCUGGAGUCUGUGAAAGGCGACUCACACGAUGUCAGUCAAGGGAACUAUUACUGCCAUGGAUGCGUAGUGUACUGUUCACACGAGCCGUGCGUCAUGUGCGCAAUGGCACUAGUACACUCACGUAUAAAGUUGCUCAUUUUUGGACGCACCAACCACCUACACGGAGGUAUUACCCGGGGGCGACUGCACCUUGAUCGGCGGCUUAAUCAUGGAUACCGUGUGCUACGAGCUGCGGUGCGGGAGACAGCUUCCACUCAAGACGAUGACGGAAGAUGA